AGAAAAGGUGAUGCUGUCAUAUGAUAAAGCGUCUUUAGAUCUCCGAUUCUCCCAUUGUGUAGGGCUCACAUGGCCCCUGGAAUGGAUCUGAUGGCCCGGGGUCUUCUGUUUCUUCUUGCUGCUGCUUUUACCCGUGUAUCUGCAAAUAAGUCCUACUUCCUGAGGAUGACAUCAGAUGGCCCUGUAACCUCAGGUGCGCUGGCUAUUGUCAACGUCAGUCUAGGGAUAUCGAAUGAUGGCAUGAUUCUUAUUGUGGACCCCAGACUUUGUCAUUUCCAUUGGAUCUACUCUCCACUAUUGCUCAGUCACCACAUAGAGAACGACACCAGCUCUGCCAUAACACUGCAGUGUAAUACCCCAGGAAUUUUCCCGGUUUCAGUCUGGGUAACUGAGAGGCGUUGCCCCUCGUGUGAGCCAAUUGCCAGGAACACAACAGAACUUCAAGUGACAAAAGACAUUGUAGGACAUUUCACAGCAAUACAGCCACAAGCCAAAGGCACAUCCUUAAGAAAUGGCACCUUCCUGGCCACUAACAGCACGGUGAAAUUACUGUUCUUUAUUCAAGACCCAAGCUACUUCUUCAAGUCAGCUGAGUUCAGCUACACAUGGAACUUUGGAGAUAGCACCACAGUGAAGACAACAGAGCCCUUUGUUUAUUACAGCUACUCUAAACCAAAGAACUACAACUCAUCCCUCCAAGUCACUGCUCAUCUCCAUAACUCCCAAUAUGAAAGGCACUUCCAGAAAAAAACAGGGCAUUUCAAGGACGUACUGAUAUUACAAGAUAUUAUCCGUAAUAUCACAAUUUCUGGGCCUUCAGAAACCAACACUGAGCAAAAUUUCAGCAUGGCUCUGCACUUCCUUGGCAGUCCUCCAUUGGCGGUUUGCUGGCUUAUGAAGUCUGACUGCGUGUCUUUGGAUGGAGAAGACUGUCACCCAGUGGUGAUAAAUGGCACCACCUAUAAUAUAAAACAUAUAUUCAAAUCAGCGGGGCGUUACUGCUUGAGUGUAAAAGCCCAGAAUGAAAUCAGUAUGCUGCUAACUCAUAACAUCAUCACUGUAAAUUCCACAGGUGUGCACCCACUUUGGUUUGUCCUUCCUUGCUGUGCAUUAUUUGCUGUUGCUGUUGGUUACAUCUUCUACACCCUAUUCAAAGCUACAAGCCACAACACACAGCCAAAGACCUUGGUGGAGGUGGCAGAUUUUGAUUUCUCGCCUGUCAUGGACAAGUAUGAAACUCUCCCAGACUAUAGGGAAAUCUCUGCAAUAACAUGUUGCACUUGCUGCAGACCAGAAGAAGAAACUGAGGAGGAAGCAGAGACUCAGCCUUUGUUACGCACUCCGUCUUCAUCAACUAGGAGUUACACAACAUAACUCUCAUUUGAUGCUGUUGCUUUUCUAAAGGAACUCAUGCUCAGGUUCAGUAAGUCAUUCAGUAGGAAUAAUUGUGACCAUUUU